CUUUCGUACGAUGUAUUAUAACCGGAGAGAGUAGCCACCGAGUGACACGUUUUUAUAACGCGGUAAUAUUAUUCUUGGUAAUCCAUUCGAUUCAUUCGCAAUUGAGAAAUCAGCGAUUCGAGAUUCGCAACCAGCGAGGCGAGAUUCUUUUUCUUUUUUGAAGCUCUUGUGACGCUUCUCUCUUUUUUUCUCUUUUUUUCUCGACUUUGCGCGAGAUCGUCACCUUUCGUUUCUUUUAAGAUAUAUUUACACCUAAGAUCGCAUUUUUCCCAGCAGAAUACUAGUGUUCGUAUUAAGAUCGGAUCUCUCAACUCGAUUUUCGCAAUCGCUCGCUACGGAAAAGAUCUUACUGUAAAAAUUAAGAGUACUGUAAAAAUUUAAAGUCCAGAAUUGAUUUUAUCGACAUAAUUCUUAUCUUUUCUAAAGAGAUCUUGGAAAGAAAAAGUGUUAGAUCUUUCUUAAAGUCUAACGAAGAAAUUUGAAAAAUUUUGUUUCGCCUCUUCCUGAAAAAGAAGCCUAUAUCGAGUAAGCACUGCCAGAAGACAAUCGAUCACAGCACUAACAUGAUUGUAGAAUCAAUUCUUAUGGCAGGAGGAUUUUGGAUGAUCCUCUCUGUCUGUCCGCUAUUACUUCUGUUAGUUUUAUUGAUAAAACGAGGAAGAUUUUUGUACGCCUUGAGGAAGAUACCCUAUCCCAUAGCACUGCCCAUCAUCGGUAAUGCUUAUCAACUCAACUGUUCGUCAGAAGAAUUUUUUCAGAAUUUGAUUAGAUGGGCUGAAGAGUUUGGGAGCAUUUAUUUGAUCUGGGUCGGUCUGCGACCUUUUAUCUUCCUCUAUAAAGUGGAAGCAGUGCAAUUAGUGCUUGGUAGCAGUAUGCACAAUGAUAAAAGUUUGGAAUAUACAUACUUGAAGCCAUGGCUUGGUACUGGCCUGGUGACCAGCAAUGGUGAAACAUGGCAGUUUCGCAGGAAAUUACUGACGCCGACGUUCCACAGCGGUCUUCUCGCAACAUAUUUUAAGAUUGCAAAAGAAGAGACGAAUGUUUUAAUUUCUUGUCUCGAAAAAGAAAGUAACAAAUUCGACGUGGUACCCUAUUUAAAACGCGCCACUCUCGACAUUAUAUGCCAAUCUGCAAUGGGCUAUAAACUAAAUGCUCAAAUAAAUUCCAAAAAUGAAUAUGUAGAAGCUGUGGACAAAAUUGCAUCUAUUGUACAAAUGCGUUUUACAAACGUAUGGGUAUCUAAUGAUAAAAUUUUCAAAUUAACUAAAGCAGGAAAGGAGCAUGAUCACGCACUUCGGAUCAUUCAAGAUCUUGUUGACAAAGUAAUCGCACAGAAAAAGAUCGAAUGGCAACAGAAACAUGAUGGGAGCCUUAAUAAACCGCUAAAUAAAAAACAGGUUCUAUUGGACUUACUGCUCGACAUAUCGAAGAAUGGAACUGUGCAUCUUUCAGAUGCGGAUAUUCGUGAUGAAGUAAAUACUUUUAUGUAUGCCGGACAUGACACAAUGGCUACGAGCAUAUCUUGGACGCUUUAUGCGUUGGGACGACAUCCCGAAUAUCAGGAAAAGAUCUUGGACGAAUAUUAUAAUACAUUAGGCACAACAGAAGUCACGUUACAAAAUAUCCACAAAUUAACAUGGCUGGACGCCUGUAUUAAAGAACAAUGGAGAAUAUAUCCGGUAGCACCGCUCAUAGCGAGACAGAUCUACAAACCGAUCAAUUUGAUGGGUAACGAAAUACCACCAGGUUCCACAGUUCUCAUCAAUUCUUAUUUGCUGCAUCGAGAUUCGCGUUUCUUUCCCGAUCCGCAUAUUUAUCGUCCAGAGCGGUUCUUACCGAAUAGUCCAAAAUUACCUCCUUACAGCUUCAUCCCUUUCAGCGCUGGUUCACGAAAUUGUAUCGGCUCAAGAUUUGCCACAUCGGUCAUCAAAGUGGCCGUAUUAUCUGUGCUAAAAGCUUUCCGCGUGGAGGCUUCCGAUACACAAGAUCAAUUACGUUUCAAAUCGGAAUUAGUACUAGUAAAUGCGAACGGACAUCGGCUAAAAAUAACACCACGUUAACAGUGAUGACUUUACAUUAUUUCGUAACACCAAAGAAUCUAAAUGAUUUGCUAAAAUUUUUUGUUGCAUUGAGAGUUAUUGUAUUGCAUUAUGAGUUAUAUAUACGUAACUUUAGAUACAUCUAAAUUAAUCUAUUCUAUCAUUAUAUUAUGUAUAAUCAAAACAACCCCAAUAGCCAAGUCUGCUAAAGCAGAUCUUGUCAGGGAAUCUGUUACAAAUUGUUGUCUACAGAAAGAUUACAGAAUCGAUGCAGGUUCUGAUAUAUCAUGUGAUGUCAGCAGAAUGUCAACAGAAAUAUAAUAAAGCUUGUUAACAUAAUCAGUUACCAGAUUGGCAGCAAAAAUCGAACAGAUUCUGCCGGCAUAACUUAGUGGCAAAUUGGUGGCAGAAAUUGAACAGGAUCUGUGCGAUGCAAUUUGACAACAGAUUGUCGGCAAAAAUCGAGCAGGAUCUGCGCAUACAAUCUCUGAUAGCAGAUUGAUGGCAGAAACGGAACAGGGUUUGCAUGAUUCGAUAAUUCCUUCACUUACCGCUACGCGAGCUGUACUUUCUCGUAAUUGAAUUUCUGUCAGAAAUAUAUAUAAAGUCGCGAAUAUGAAUAAAAGACUAAAAAUGUAGU